AAGACGCAUUAUAGACAAUACUAUUCAAGACUAGAAUGAAAGACUUUAUGUAGAGAUAAUGAGAUAACUUAUUUGAGUAAGAUGAAUCAUUUGUACAUUAUAUUAGUAAGUAUAAUAUGUACAUAUUCGUAUUUAAGAAUCAUUCGAGCGACGUGAAUAAACGAGUUACGAGUAUACCUAUUUAAAUAAAUACGUCUUCAUAUUAUAUAAAUAAUUGUAUAGCCGGCAUGUAGUAAACACGUAUCCGACCUUGACAGUUACAGUAUAUUAUAGGUACCUACCUAUAACUACCGGGUUAAUAUGCGUAUUGAAGGUAACACGAAAAAAAUCUUGUAAAUAUAAUUUUGUGCAAUAUCGUUAGGUAUCGUCCGUAGAGUAUCAACUGUACAAUAAUAAGUCUUGCUUCUAUUGUUAUUAAGAUUUUUUGAAACAUUUCUUCACCGUGAUAUAUAUAGUGUAACAUUAUAAAUUGUAGACAGUACAAAUAAAUAAACUUCGGGUAAGGCGUAAUAUUAAUUUCCUUUACGGUCUUAUGUAUUUUAGAUUUAUUUUUGCUUGUGCGUUCGUUCAUAAAAAUAGGUAUAAUUUCUCGAACAUCAUGCCGCAGUGUCCGCAUUAAACAGUCUCAAAAAAAUAUUGUUACGAGUACCUACCUGUUGAGUGAUAUCCGAGUCAAAAUAGGUAUAUAUUAACAAGUAUGUAGUAUGUACCCACGUAAUCAUAUAAGUUCUAAAACGUUUUACUUUUAAAUUACAUAAAAAUACAUUUUUUUCUUUUUUUUCUUUGGUGUUUCGAAAAAUACAUAGGUACCAAUAAACCUAACCUACCAAUAUUCUAUUUACUUAGUAUACUCUUCAGUAGGUAUAUAAUGCUUCAUAGUAUGUUUCAUUUCGUGCUGUACGUUGUUUUUUUAAACGCGGUGUCCUAUGGCGGUAUCGGUCGAGUGUUCGCUGCUUCAAAAAAAAAUCCUCCGAAUAUAGUUUUCGUGUUGGCCGACGACUUGGUGAGUGCAUGUAAUAAUAUUAUGUAAUAUUAUCGCAGAAAACUUUUUAGAAUAUUACAAUAUUUAAAGGAUACGAUAAAAAAAUAAAAAUAAAUAAAUAAUAAGCACCUAGUUAAAAUCUAUCUAUAUCAUUUUUGCAGGGUUGGAAUGACGUCGGUUUCCACGGUUCUAAUCAGAUCAACACUCCAAAUAUCGAUGCUUUGGCAUACGACGGAGUAAUAUUGCAUAAUCAUUACAGCGAAUCGUUGUGCACGCCGUCUCGGUCAGCUUUGUUGACUGGAAAGUAUCCUAUUCACACAGGUUUGUUAAACAUUUUUGUUUUUUUUUUCUAAUGUUCAUUUUUCAAUUUCUUUAUAUAUUUUUUAAAUUUGUGGGUUUUAUUUUAUAAGACAGUGGUAGAUCCAGGAGGGCGCCGCGAGUAUUUAACGCCCCCCCCCCCCAGACAUAGUAAGCUUUUUACUUAUGCAUGUUGUUGUAAAUUAUUUAUAUCAUACCACCUAGGCUUCAUUUUUGUAAAUAAUGUCACGUAUAAAAUCGGUUGGGGAUUUUAUGUUUUAAAUAAAUUAAAUUUAUUUUUACGAUAAUUUAAAAAAUUACCUACCUACCUAUUGAUGAUUUUAAUUUGGACUAAUUAAUACAGAGAUCCUUUAUCUUUUCUGACUCACGGCACUAUUAGGUAUUUUCUAAAAGUUCGUCGGCACCCUAUAGUAUAUCCUAUUAGUAUACGGGGUGAUAAGUCUAUCAAAAGACACUCAUUAUCCCGAAAAGUGUUUACUUUUUUCUAAAUCUGUUUUAAAGAACAUUCAAGAAACAAGUUGUUCCAAAAUUUGACAUUUACAUUAUUUUUUGUCGCCCUUAUUUUUGGGGGUAAAAUCACUACCUAAUUUUGAUUUUCAAAUGGUAACCUAUAUAAAAAAUUUCAAAAAUAGAUGGAGUAUCAGUUAAAAUAAAUUUUAGUGUUUACACUUUUCGUCAAUCCAUUGACGAGAUAUUCCACUUUUAAGUUUUGGUUGGGAGAGAAUAGUGGAGCAUCAUUUAUGUGGUGGCACAAUGCGCGCGGCGUUCUAAGAAUGUAUCACUACUUCCCCCCGACGAAAACUUAAAAGUGGAAUAUCUCAUUAAUGGCUUGACAGAAAUCAAAAAUUUAAACGCUAAAAUUUAUUUUAACUUAUACCCCAACUAUUUAUGGACUUUUUAAAUAUAGGUUGCCGUUUAAAAAUCAAAAUUAGGUAGUGGUUUUACCUUCAAAAAUAAGGGUGACAAAAAUAAUGUAAAAAAAAGGCAAAUUUUAGAACAACUUGUUUCUUAAAUGUUCUAGAAACCAAAUUCCGGAAAAAAUAAAUACUUUCCGAAAUAAUGAGUGUCUUAUGAUAAAUUGAUCACUUUGCAUAUUGUAUUUAAUAUUUAAGUAUUUAUAUUUUAUAAAUUUGGUUGUUUUUAUUUAGAUUGACAUUUAAGUAUUACCACAGACCAUAUGUAUAAAACACAAUAAGUUUCAAUAAUGAUUAAACACACAAAUUUUAUUUUUCAUAAAAUUUUUUCUUUUAAGUUGUGUAAAAUAUGUAUGACUACUUUACAUUUUAAAUAAUUUUGCGAUACCCACAAAAUUCAUGUUUGUGGCACCCUGGUUUGGAACUUCUUAAUUAAUGGAUAUAUGUAGUGUAUUUUAUUGAUUUACCUACUUUAUUUGACGUAAAAUAGGUUUUUAAUUUCAGAUUCUUAGUGGAGCGAAGAAGCUUAUGAUUUUACAGAUAUUUAUUUUUUUUUUUCUAUGGUCAAAUUUUUACCAGCAAUAGUGCUGCAACUUAUAAUGAUAGAAAUUUUUCUAAAAGGAAAUUUCACUGAGGAGGUACUUUAGAAAUCUCGUUUUUCGAUUUUCUCCGGAUUUUUUUCAACAAAUGUGAAAAACCGAAAAAAAAAAAAUGAAAAAACAGAAUCCAUUUUAAUUUUGAAAUUUGGAAUAAUUGGAAUUUCACCAUAAAUAUAUUAUGACAUAUAUAUUGUUGACAAAGCAGCACUGUCAACUGAACUCCGUUCAGAAUCUUAUUUACAGGUAUAAAUUAAAAACAGGUUAAAUUACCUAUUAUGGUGGCUGCACCCAUUCCCAUUAUCCUAGGACGUCAUUUUUCAAUAUCAAUCUCAUUUGCAGGUACUUAUGCUUUACAUAAUAUUUAACUCAUAUGUGGGUGUUUGAAAAAAUGUUACUUUUUGUUUAUGAAGAUUUUGCAAUUCCACCUUUUGAAAAACAAUUUUUUUUUUUAAGUAUUUUCCAACAUUUUUUAAAUUAAUCUCGAAUCGGUUUUUUUUUUUAAACGCUUACAAUUUGAUAAAUGAUUUAAUGCCAUAAAUAUAAUAAUAAAGUACCUAUUUUGUUUAAUAUCUGUUAAUUAUAAUUUGUCAAACGUAAUUGUUGUUUUCAAACUUAUUAAAACUAUACGUCAUUGUUUUAACAAGGCUAGUGGAGUAUGUGACAAAUUCACAAAACAUUUUUUUUUUAGAGCAAAUCAUUUUUUAAAAACCUUGAAAGUAAAAUUUAGAUAGAUAUCCUACAUACAAAUAUAAAAUAUUAAUACUAAGUGGUCAUUGGUCGUUACUUUAAAAAAUAAAUAUUUUGUUACUUUCAAGGAAAUAUUGUUGAAGUGCAAAUUAAAAAAUUCGGAUGUAUAAUUUUAUGUUGUUACCAUUAUCGAUAUUAUCUAAUACCACAGUCAGUUGAAUCUGGUUAGAAUCUAUUUAACAAAAAAGAUUCAAAAAGACGUCCUAGGAUAAUGGGGAUGGGUGAAGCAACUGUUAUGGAUAAUUUAAUGUAUGCCUGUAAGCAAUGAUAAAUCAUUGUUUACGAAAAAACGAUUUUGAGCGGAGUUCAGUUGAUAGUGAUGCUUUGUCAAUAAUAUAUAUUUAUCAUUUUGUGGUAAAAUAAUUAAAUAGGCUUUAUAUAUUUUCUUUAAAAAUAUUUGUUUAAUGUUGUGCCGAUUUUCCUAGUUUUCUUACGUUUCUUCCGGUUUUCUCAUGUUUUAUCCUGGUUUUUCAUAACUGCUGGGAAAAUUCUUAGGAAAAUCAAAAAAAAACCUCCCUAAAGUACCUUCCCAGUCAAGUUUCCUUUCAGAAAAAUUGCUAUCAUUAUAAAUUGGAGUAAAAUUGUUGGCAGAGAAGUUGUCCACAGAAAAAAAAAAAGGCCGUAAUAUUUUUAACUAAUACCUACAUUUCUUAUAUUUUCCUCGAAAAAAUCGAAAAAUAACCUCUCUAAAGUACCUCCUCAAUGAAAUAUUCUUUUAGAAAAAUUGAUAUCAUUAAAAGUUGGAGCGAAAUCUUAUAUGUAUUUCAUUAUUUAUAUCAUGUUUAUUAUUAUUAUUUCACUUGUCAUUCAUGUUUUUUUUGUAUGUAUACCUACCACGUUUUUUUUUUUAAUUUGUAAAAAAGCUAGUCACGUUAAGUUGAAAAUAAAUAAAUACAUAAUUCGUACUAUUAUUAUUAAAUCAAAUUUGCAGGUUUAAAUGCCUAUCAGAUAUAAUAAUAAUUAAGGUAUCUUAAAUAAAUAUUUUGGUGAUUAAUAAAAUAUUUUGUAUUUUAUCAUGUGUGAUGUAGGAAGUAUAAAAAAAUUAUACCUAGUUUUGCACGGUGUUUAAGGUAAAAUGAUUUGAUAUGCAAUCAAAUAUGUUUAAAUAUCGGCCACUUUAAAAUUGUGGCAAAUUUAUAAUAAAAUUCUGUGGACAAAAAUUGUAUAUACAAUUGUCUAUAGUUAGUAUAUUUAUACAGAUUCUAUUGUUUCCAAUAUUUAAAUAUUAAUUGCCAUACUAUAAUCAAUUGGGAGUAGAUUUACCUAUCCCGAUUCCUAAGUAUACACUAUACUACAUAUAAGGCUAUAUAUAUACCCAAACCAGACAAACCAGUUAUAAAAUAUAGGAGGAAAUUUUGAAAAUUGUAUAAGAUAAAAAAUUAAACACAAGGUCAAUGUUAGGUUUAGGUUUCAUUAUCAAUGGAUUAAAAUGACUUAGAAACAACAAUCUAUCCAUAUCUGUAGGCGGAAAAAAAAGGUUGCCAUAAAAAAAAAAAUUUAGCUGCACAUGCGCAUAAUGAAAUGGUUAUUAAACAGAAAAUUAUCUCAGAGUACAUAUGUGUAUUUUGCUAUUCCCUAUCACUUCCCAAAAAUUCCAUUUAAAUCUAAGGCCAUCGGGCUAAGAUAUUUAGUGGUACAUAUAAGACGGGAUACACUGUAGUUUGUAUAACUUCAGGGAUUGAGUUUUUUAGUCACGCAUUCUAGUAUACAUAUAUGUACUAUAAAUUAUUUUAUAUUUUUGUAUGCCCCACAGGGACUCAACAUAAUGUGAUUUUGGAGCCGGAGCCUUGGGGGUUACCACUGAACGAAAUAUUACUUCCAGAACAUUUGAAUAAAUUAGGUUAUGUAUCGCACGCAGUUGGUAAAUGGCAUUUGGGCUACUUCAAAAAAACAUACACACCAACAUAUCGCGGUUUUAAAAGCUUUUACGGUUUUUGGAACGGAUAUCAAGAUUACUAUUCACAUAUGGUUCAGGCUACGGUAAGGAAUAAUUACAUUUAAUGAUGACUUAACUUAAUUGUGUUUAUUUUUUACAUGGGUUUCUUUAACUUGCCUUGAAUCAUGACAUGAUGGAACCUUUAAUCAUAAUAAUUGUUAACAUUUUUAUGAUAGACUAAAAGUAAAGCAUGGCGCGUGCACUCAUAUACUACACAUAUAAUAAAGAUUCGUCUAUGUAGUUCUGCCAUUUUUUUUUUUUUUAUGUAAAACUACUUUUACAAACAACUGAGUAUAAAAGCUAAAACAUGUUUCACAUUAAGUUAGAUGAUGAUGAAUUUCAAGAUUAAUUAAAAUAAAUUUCAUUGAAAUAUUAAAAAUUAACUUAUUUAAACUUAAUAAAACUAAUUGAAAAUUCACUUGGACCAAAUUUAGCAACAGGUCACUUAUGCUGAAUCACUUUGUAAAUAAAAUAAAAAAUUAUUGUCUUAUUAUAAUUGAAACUAAUUAUGUCAAAUUUUACUGUAGUUAAAAUAUUUAGGUAUUAUUUUAAUGAUAGGCGCAAUUACUAGGGUUCAAAGGGGUCUUUAGUACCCCCAAGUUUAAAAUUUAGUGUCCGCCAAAAAUACCCAAUAAGUUUUUUAUAUGAUUGUGUAAAUAUUUUAUUCGUGUAUUUUUUAAUUGAUAAAUAGAACAGAUAAUGCGUAUGUGUAUAAAAAAUAAAGUUAAAAAUUGUAAAUUAAUUGUGUAGUUGCUUAUUAUAAGUGUCAUGUAAAAGGAAUUAUAGGAAUUGCCCCCAUAGGUCUGUGAUGUAUGUAUAAUUUUAGCAUCUCCAAAGAUGGUGCUCUAGUUUUGCCUAUGGUUUUAAUGCAAAUUCACAUCAAUAAUUUAGACCAAUUCAUUAACAAAUUACGAAAUGUAAAAAAUGUUCUAAUAUAUAGUCAACUCUCCCUAAUUAAAUUAUUGUUUAUAAAUGCACAUGGCAUGCUUUUCUCAUCGUCUAUCAUAUCAUGUUUUUACUUUUUAGUUAAUUUUUUUUUUAAAAAGGAUGAUUUUUAUGAUGUUUUUUACUCAAUGAUCGUCAGAUAAAUAUACUUACAAGUAAUUAUCAUAAACAUAAAUAACUUGUUUUAUUUUCAAAAAUAAUUUUUUCAAUGAAAAAAAUUAAAUCAUGCGAUUUUGAAGACUUUGAACUUUAAAGGUUGUGUGCCAAUGAAUAUUAGCCACGAUUUGUAUUAAUCAUAUUCGAGAUGGUUUCAUUUUUCGUAUUUUAUAUAUAUAUGUUAUUAGUUUGCUUCAUUUGAAGGCUUCGACAUGAGACGAAAUUUAAAUAUUGACUGGUCAAGUGUCGGUAAAUAUUCCACACAUCUAUUCACAAAGGAAGCCACCGAUAUUAUAAUAAAACACAAUAACUCAGUACCGUUAUUUUUAUAUCUCGCUCACCUGGCCCCGCAUGCAGGUACAUACGAAAAUCCAUUACAAGCACCCCAGAAAGAUAUAGAUAUGUAUCAAUCUAUCAAUGAUAAGAACCGUCGUAAAUAUGCCGGUAAGAUGUAUUUUAUAUUAUUUGAUAUUAAAUAUUUGUGAUUUUAAUUUUUAAAAAGAAAAAAUUUUCAGUAGGGUUUUAGAUUUUGAGUAGAGCGUGAUAUGUGAUGUUUUUUGUUUUUGUUUUUUCUGCCUGUGUACAACUUUUCUAUUAGAAAUCCUGUAACAAUCGAAAAAUGACAAUAAGAUACCUUUUAGAUUCCAAGCUUAGAGAGGGAGUAAUUGGUUUUACUAAGAUGUUUAUUUUCUUUUAUUUUUUCUUUGUUCUAUCUAGACUGUGGACACGUUUUUUCUUAGUAAAAUUGCUUUGAUUUUUAUGUGUAGUAACUUUUAUGAAAGCUCAAGUUGUCUAAAUAAAAGCACGUAAGUGAAAAAAAACUGUAAGUAAACGUACAAUUUCACGAUUUCAUUAUUUUAUAUAAACACAAAUGACGUUUUCUACUGGAAAAAAUGAUAUGAUCGAAAAAUCACUAGAUAUCUUUUUUGUUAUCAUUUUGAUCUACUUUCUAACGAUUUCAUUGCCAAAACUUUUGAGCCACUUUUGAGCUUUUAAAGAAUUUUAAUUUUUUGGGAGUUUUUUGCUAUAAUUCGGUUAUAAAUACACGUAGAGACUUGAAACUUUGUAACAAUACUUAUAGUGGACUUACCUAGACGAAGUAAAUUUUCAAAAUUAUCGGACGACUUUUCUUUUUUUAAUAAGCUUUUUGAAAUCAAAUUUAAACGAAAAUCGCAAAAAUUAUGUAUAACCGAGUUGCGCUCGUAAUCGUCUUUCAUCAAGCAAUGGUUUAUCGUUGCUUACAGAUAUAAAUGAAAUAACCUUAUGUAUCCUACCUUUUGAACUUCUCAUUUACAACAGUGGUCGCACCAUGUGCAACGUAUGCCUGUCUUUUUUUAUUGUUAUUUAGUUAAUAAUAAUCGUAGAGACUUAUUUUAACUUUAUAUAGAAUACUUAUUAUACUACUAAAUUAGCCUUGUAUAAUUAUUUAUAGACAUUUACCAUUUUCGAGGUUUUUAGUUUUUAUUUAAUUUAAUAAUGUUCAUACAAUUGUUGGACUACUAGGACCAAACAAAAAUACUUGAAAAUUAAAUACCAGGUUCAUUAUAAGUUGUAUUUGGUAAUUAAAAAAAAAAAAAAAAGAAGAGCAGACAAUAAGGACGGGUGCGCCACUAUUGUAGGUGGGAAUUCGUGAAUAUCGGACACAUAGUUAUUUAAUUUAUAGCUAUAAACAAUGCUAAACCAUUGUUAACGAAUCGAUUCGGAGCGAAGUUUGGUUAUAUAAGUUUUGAGAGGCCCUAAUAUUUACGAUUUUUGUCAAAAUUUGAUUUUAAAACUCUUCAGUUUUCAUUUUUCGUUUUUUUCCGGUUUUCCCGAUAAUUAUGAAAACUUCUUUGAAAAUUAAAAAUUCACUUUCUUUAUACGUACCAAAAUGCAACAAAAAAUGUUUCUUGUCAUUUUAUUUAUUGGAAAAUAUUUCCAGUAAAAAUAUAGUUUGCAAAAAUUAAAAAUUAUGAAAAAUGUAACACCGUGGCACAUCGUAAAUAUAAUAUAGUUUUAUCAAUAUUUUUCUUUCCAGUUUUUCUAAAUUAUUUUGAAAACCCUUUGGAAAAUCAAAAAAUGACCUUCUCAAUGUACUAAAUAGAUAAAAUUAUAUUUCAGAAAAGGUGAUAUACUUGAUACUUCGAAGUAAGUUUUUUGGUAGAAAAGUUGCUCAAAAACAGAAAAAAAAAAUAAAAAAUGUCAUAGUAAAACCAAUAGUUUCCUUAUUGCUACGCUCCGAAUCUAAAACAAAUAUUAAGUGAUUUAGUCCCUAUUUUUUUUUAUAAAGGUUUAAAGCGUCUAUGAUUAUUUUAACAAAAAUAUUAAAAAAAUACUGCAUUUCAGAACAUGUUCAACUAAACUUUAUUCAGUAUCAGCUCUUUUCUUUUGUAACAAAUUUAAUUCAAAAAAUGAACGAAAUAAGUAAUAGAUUAUUUGUAAUUGAUUUUUUUCUUAAUCAAUUUGUAUUAUUAUGAACUGAAUUGUUUGCGGUCCUGAAGGAAUGAUAAAAAAUCUCGACGACUCGGUGGCUGAAAUUUUUAAAGCUUUACAAGAAAACAAAAUGCUGGAUAAUACGAUAUUUGUAUUUGUAUCGGACAAUGGUGCUCCAACCAACGGGAUUCACCAAAAUCAUGGAUCAAAUUGGCCUCUUAAAGGAGUAAGUAUUUGAUUAUAAUAUAUAUUACAUUUUUAAAUUCAAAUGUUACAUAAAUAUUUGUUAAUUUUUAAUAAAGAAUUAUAACCAUACAAUAUGUUUUAAAAUUUAAAUUUUUAUGUGUAAUUAACAAUUUAAACAAAUAUCAGUAAGAGGACUUGACAUUCGUCAUAUUUGUGUGUGCUGUCGCUGUCUUACAAACACACGACAUAACAAAUUUGCGUUUAACAGGGUCAAUUUUGUGUUGUUAGUUCAAGAUAGUGCAGGUAGAGAUAGGUUAUAAUCCAAUUACCCUUUAUCGAGGUAUAUCUAAUAAAUAUCCUGAGAUACCUAUAUAAGCUUUUAUAUAUCGUGAUACUUCACGUAUUCAUAUAGUCAUACAUUACUUAAAAAUUAAGAUUUCGAAAAAAUAUUGACUUGCUAAUUACAAACACAGGGAAUGUUCUUAAUUUUAAGUUUGAUAAUAGGUCAAUUCACUCUAAUAUUAAAAUUACAAGACAUAAAAUUGUUCCUGCUAAACACAAAUUUGCUUUGUCAUGAUGCGUUAAUAAGACGAAAACGGUACUUACCUAAAGGUAUCAUGUCAUUUUAAGUAUAUAAAUAAUUUUAAUUUUGAUUUAAGGAAAAAGCUACACCUUGGGAUGGGGGUGUUCGAACAGUGGCAUUUGUUUGGAGUAAAUUAUUACCAAAUAGAAAAAAAGUUCAAAACCAAUUAAUGCACAUUUCAGAUUGGUUACCGACUUUAUAUCAAGCAGCAGGUAAUUUGAAUUCAAAUUUUUACUACACCAUCUAUAGAUUGUAAGAUAAAAACGAAAUAUUUAAACUAUGUUUAUUAUUUACCGUUUUUUAAAGAAAUUGUUUUAGAUUCUGAGCACAACGAGGGUGAGGAAUGCAUUAGCUUUACAAAGAUUUGUUUUUUUUUGUGUUUGUAAACAACUUUUCCACCAAACAUAUUGUUGCAAUUAAUGCAAAUGUAACAUUAUUUCUGGAAGCAAAUUAUACCUUGGUUUUUUUUUGGAGAUUGUAUUUUUAUUUUCCUAGUAGUUUUCUAAAUAACUAGGAAAAAACGUACAUUUUCAAGGGGAUAUACUCGUAUCAUGGGUGUAAAUAAUGAAAGGAAGUAAACUUAUCGUUUAAAGUUCAAUUUAUUGGUAUUAGAUAGAUACCUACGAAUACAUAAAUUCUUAAAAAAACUCACUUUGGAUUAAUUCUUCAUAUAAAAAAAAAAAUGUAAUGGACAUUUAGUAAUAUUAUUAAUACAUUAUUAAUCCAUUAAGAGCUUAAGUCAUAUAUUCAUAUAUAUUUAUUAUAUUUAUUAAUAUGAUUUAUUUAUUUAUAUAUAUAUAUAUAUAUAUAAACAGGACUAGCCCAAUCACAAAGAUUUGCUAUAAUAAAUGAAAAUAAAAUACUCAACAACACAUGAACAAUCGUAGAAAGCACAAAUCCAUUAAAUAGCUAGACAAUAUAAAUACGCAAUAACUAGAAAAAUAUAAAUAAUGAACAUUAUUAUUGUUGUUAUUUAUUUUAACAAAUUAAAUUAAGCAAUCCGGCGCUGCUUUUGGUGUGCGUACAAAUCAAUUGCUUCAUUUAUAGUAUCUUUAUUAAGUUCUGAGGGCCCUUCUGUACUAAUUUUUAUGCAGAAUUCCAAUGUUUCUUGUCGCAUUCGAUUUAUUAUUUUGUUUUAAUUAUAUUAAUCGUACUGAAAGAACGCUCUGGAGUGGUCGUUAAAACUGGUAGUUGCCUAUACACAUUAGGCAUUCAGACAGUUUUUUCAAAUUUACAAACCCAAUAUUUGCUUUAUAAAUAUACGACAGUGGAUUUCUUACGUUUUCUUGUAACAAACUAUUUGCAAAAUACUUAUAUAAACUCAGGUCCAUCCAAACAUUCCAGACAUUAGUAGUACGAGGAUUUCUUUUGUCCGCCGUACCCUUCCAUCUCUAAACAUUUGUGAAUAUUCAUCAAUGUGUCUGGCUAUUGAAAAUCGUGUAUUUUUAACUAUCUCAUCAUUUUUAUUGCAUAUUAUAGCAAAUAUUUAUCAAUUUCUGUGUGCUGUAAAAUCAAAUCUCUAGCUUAUGAAAAUCAUGAUUUUACACUAUUUUGCACUUAAGACUAAAAUUACGACUUAUAUGAGUAUGUUAAAUAUAUUUAUUGUUAUAAUUCAUUUGUCAAAGUUCAAAUAAAUUGUAAAAUAUCACUUUCCUUAAAUAUUUUUAUACCAAAGAGAAAUUCUAUCCAUUAAUCAUCCUCCCACCAUUAUCACCCCGAAAAUAUGGUCUGGUCUUGACCAUACCUGUAUCCCUUAUUUGAUACCGCUGCUGAAACCAAUAUAAUAUACAAAUCAAUCAAACAAUUUGACGUUAAGUCGAAACCGCAUAAACCAUUACUAAACAUUGACAGACGAUACCACGUUUUGAACAUGCGAUGUGGUACAUACCAAAAAUCGAUUAAGUUGACGUACUAUAUAAUAAGAUAAAUUACGAUUAUUAUGUUUAUUUUAUUUUAUUAUCAACUGUGACUCACAAAAUUAUUUACCAUCUGCCAAUAACUCAUUUCAAAUAUAGCAUCAUAUGUAUCUUAUGUAGUUAUACCAUACAUUUUUCGAAGGGGGGGAAUACCCUCCGGCCACCCCCUGAAAUAAACACUGGUUUACGGAAGUAACGCUUUUAUUUUUUAAAUUUAUGAAUUACAAAAUAAUAAUUUUUUAAUUAUGAAUUUUAAAUGAUUAAUACAGGUAAAAAUGUAUUUAAUUAAAAUGCAUUAUGUUAUUAAUUAAAUUGAUGUACUUAUAUAUUUACAGGUGGAAAUACUAGAGAUCUAGGUAAUAUCGAUGGUAUUAGUAUGUGGAAAUCGUUUCUAAAUAGUACAAAUAAGCCUCCCAGAAAACAUGUAUUGCAUAAUAUUGACGACAUAACUGGAUAUGCCGCCAUCAGGGAUACGCAUUUCAAAUAUAUAAAAGGUAAAAUGUUUUAUAUCUACACUUUUAAUGUUAUACAUAUUAUUAUUUUUAACACUCGUGAAAAUGUAUGUCAUUAUAGUAAUAUGUAUUCAUUAUUAUUGAGCGCAUAAUACUUUAGUGUUUUUUUUUUUUUUCAUAAAUCAUGAAAUCCUUACAGCCAUACAAAAAAAAGAAAAGAAAAAGAAUUCUAAAUACAAUAUUCAGAUUAAUUUUUAAGUAUUCUACAUUAUUCUACAAGUGUGAUACAUUUAAAGGGUCUUUUCAAAAUAUCUCUUAUUCAAAUUAUUCCGUACAAAUAAAAUAUACCCCCCUUCAAUAUAUUAGGUAUGUCGUAAUAAUUUCAUUUUAAACGUUAUAUUUGAAAAAAAAUAUACCUAUUUAAAUACAACACAAAUUAUGCAUUGUCAAGGAAAUAAAAAGUCAAUCAUAUAAAAAUUAUAAACCCACUUAUAAUGAAAAUUGUAUGUUAUUAUUUUGAAAUAAUCUAGUAGUACGAUCGAAUUUUUAUACUUGAAACUACCCAAAACUGUUUUAACUGUUUCCAAUUUCUCAGACAUAGAUACAUGUUAUAUUUUUUUUUUUUUUUAUACAGAAAACUUAUCAGAAAAAUAUUUCUUAACUUUUGUUUCUUGAAAGCUUAAAUGUAACAAUAAUAAUAGUCAUUUUUCAUAGAGUGUAUUUAUAUAAUAAUAAUAUGUCAUUUUUGCACCUUUGGUGCUGAUGUCAUAUAGCUAUUUAGAAUGUGGGUUGUCGACCUCAAAUAGUUGAUGAAGGGUUGGGAUGAAGGUGAAGGAGAAGAAGUAAUAAUAAAUAAAAUAAUAGAAUAUAUCACAAACAAAUUAUCAACUUAUUUAAAUCUUUUAUUUAAUUAUAUUCGUUUAUAAUCUUAGUUAAAAUUGCCCGGGCAAUGUGCACAUUGCGCGGGAUUCCAUAUUACCCGUAAGGCCGUAAUAUACACAUACGGGAUAUUCUGAAUGGGUAUAUUUUAAGGAUGCACCACAUUUGAAAACGCGGAUUUUCCGUCUAAUGAUUCAAAUAAUUUUUUAAAAAAUAACUUUGUUUUCUUUGAAACUACUUAUCCGGUUUUUUAAUGUGAAUUUUUUCCCGAUUGUAUUUUAUUCGAAAUAUUCUUUAUAAUUAUAGUUAUAACAUAAACUUAUAUAAUAUUAUAUAGGGACUAUACCUUUUCAUAAUAUAUUAGUUAUGCAUUGCUCCCCCCCACCUUUGAACAAUAAUUCUGGAUACAUCGUAUUAUCGUAUUAUCAACUAUAUUCAUACUAUCAUACCUAAGAUAUCAAUUAUAGAUAUUGCUCAUUAUUUUAGGUAGUACAUUCUUAGGUUAUCUUGAUUUUUGGUCUGGAAUAUUAUCGCCAAGCGUACCCGAUUACAAUAUAGAUGCUGUACUGAACAGUACUACGGCCAGUAUACUAUCCCAAAUUAAUGAUGGCGAUCGAUUAUCGCUAGAUUCGAUUAGGUUACUUCGUAACGAGUCGACAGUAAGAUGUGAUUUUAAAAACGAGGAUAGACCGUGCAAGCCAUUCAAAAAACCGUGUUUAUUUAAUAUUGGAAAGGAUCCUUGCGAACAGGUCAAUUUGAAUUACCGACCGAGUAAAAAUAUGAAAAAAAUUGUUCAAGCCAAAGUCGAUUACUUCGAGACACUGCUAAACGAGUUCAGAAAAUCUGCCUCCACGCCGGGAAAUGUGAGGGGAACAAGAGAUGCAAAUCCUGCUUUUCAUAAUAACACGUGGAUCAAUUGGGGAGAUUUAAAUAACCAAAUUUAA